UUUUACCGGUUUGCCGUUCGGGAUUGUGCGCGCUGCUGUCGUACUGAAGUGACAAGCGAAAAUUGAAAAAUUUGUGUUCAUUACUACCUAACGAAACAUUCGGUAGCUGAUCCUUGAAACUGACAACAUGUCUAUUCUAUCAUACAAUGGUGGAUGCGUUCUUGCAAUGAAAGGCAAGGGAUGCGUGGCAAUUGCCUCUGAUCGUCGUUUUGGAGUCCAAACUUCUACAUUGGCUAUGGAUUUUCAGAGAAUGUUUGAAAUGGGUCCCCAUCUCUACAUUGGUCUUCCUGGCUUAGCAACUGAUACUUUGACGGUCCAUGAAAGACUUCGCUUCCGUCUCAAUCUCUAUGAGCUCAGAGAAAGCCGUAAAAUCAAACCACAAACAUUUUCUGCUAUGGUGUCCAAUCUUUUGUAUGAGAGACGCUUUGGACCUUACUUUGUUGAGCCUGUCAUUGCAGGGCUUGAUCCGGUUACCUGGGAACCAUUUAUUUCUGCUAUGGAUCUUAUUGGUUGUCCUAACAUGCCUGAAGAUUUUGUUGUAGCUGGAACAUGUGCUGAACAACUCUUUGGAAUGUGUGAAGCCUUGUGGGAACCAAACCUAGAACCUGAUGAUCUUUUUGAAACCAUCAGCCAGGCACUAAUGAAUGCAUUUGAUAGAGAUGCUAUUUCUGGAUGGGGAGGUGUUGUUCACAUCAUUGAAAAAGACAAAGUGACAACUAGGAUGCUCAAGACCAGGAUGGAUUGAAAUUUUUACUUUCAUUAUCAAUGUAUUUUGGAACUGAUCAUACACCAUUUAAAAAAUUCA